AUGGAACCUGAACAAGAAAGACUUGUCGAAGAAUUUAGCAAAGAAAGCUUUAUGCAGGAAGUGCAGAAGUAUCCUGUGCUUUAUGACAAAUUCAAUGCUGAAUUUAAGAACAAUAUUAUGAAAAAAAAUGCUUGGGCAGCCAUUGGCGUUUUGUUUGGUUUAACUGACCAGGAAUGUGAAUCAAAAUACAAAAAUAUAAGAUCGUGGUUAAAUGUUUACAUUGACCAUAGAGACACAACAACUAAUGUUGAAAAUAAAGCAACAACCACAGAAUUAACAACAGAAUCGCCUUUGUCUUAUAUAGAUAGUAAUGAUAGUAUGGACUAUGACGAAGAUGUUAGUAAUAAAAUAGAAUUAGAAAAUAAAAAUUUAAGCGAAAAUACAAAUGCAAUAAUUAGUACGAUGAACAAUAUUAAUGCAACACUAGCAGUUAUUACACAUGAAGAAAACGACGAUAUAAUACAUUUUUGUAAAUCUAUUUGUGCUACAAUCAAAAGACUACCUCCUAAAACUCAAGCAGUUGCUAAAAUAAACAUACAGCAAUAUUUAGCUGCUCUAGAAUUUCCAGAUAUUGUUGACUGA